CAGUUUAUGUCUUCGUACGAAUUUGUAUUGAUCAUGGUGAUAUUCCCUUAGGUGUCCAUGACGGAAUUGAUGGUCUCAUUAGUGGAAACAUCAAAGAGCUACAUUGGUCCGAUGUAAGUGGAUUAGCAAGCCAAGGUGGUGCUUUUCUAGGAAUAAAACCUACUUUACCUACUGGAAAAUUUGAAGAAAUUGUGAAACAAAUUAAAGAAUUCAGAAUAAAUGGUUUUGUAUUUAUGGGGGGUUUUCGUGCCUUUGAAGCUGGAGUACAGUUUAUUGAACAGCGAAAUAUUUAUCCAGAAUUGUGUAUACCGUUGGUCGUUAUACCAGUAUCAAUAUCGAAUAAUGUGCCCGGAACAGAAUAUUCGCUUGGUUGUGACACAAGUCUAAACGAAAUUACUGUAAUAUGCGAUCAGCUUCGUCAGUCAGCACAAGGAACUAGAGACCGUGUAUUCGUUAUCGAAAUAAGGGGUGGAUAUUGUGGUUAUCUUUCAACAAUGGCUGGUCUUGCUUCUGGCUCUGAUGUGACUUAUAUCAGCGAAGAAAACUUCACUGUUUCUAAUAUUCAAGAAGAUGUUCAGCGCAUGAUUUUAAAAAUGAAUUCUGGAGUGAAAAAAGGCCUUGUCAUUUGCAACGAAAACUGUUCAACUAAUUUGAAUAGUGACUUUAUACAUCGAUUAUAUUCAGAGGAAGGAAAAAAUAACUUUUCUUGUCGUUUGAACGUACUAGGUCAUAAUCAAGAAGGAGGAUCACCGUCUCCAUUUGAUCGUUACUAUGCUGCUGUUAUAGCAUCUAAAUGUUACCAAUGGCUUGUAGAUCAAUUGGAAGGAAACGCUGACUGCUCUAAUGAAAAUCAAUGUGAUACUUGUAGAUCAGCAAGCUUAAUAGGAAUGAUUUCAGAGCGAUAUAAAUUUACGCCAUUAGUUGACUUAUUUGACCAGGCUGACUUUGAAAAACGGAUGCCGAAAAGCCAAUGGUGGCUAAAUUUACGUCCAGUUUUAAAAAUAUUGUCACACUAUACGACACUUGAAGACUUAUCUCAAUUAUCAGAGGACAGUUGCCAUUGUGAGGAUUAAAUUUUACUUAAAUUGUAUCAUAUUGAAAAAACUCUAGAUGUCAUCGAACAUGCAAGUUUUGCAUAAGCUGUAUACAAAUUUAAUAAAAAACUGUAUAAGUGCAUUAGAAA